GCAUGAAGUACGGCAAGCCGGAGCUCGGCUCCAUCCUCCGGUGGCGGUGGCAGCCCCACGGCUGCGACCUCCCGCGCUUCGACCCGGCCGCUUUCCUCCGCCUCGUGCGCCACAAGUCCAUGGCCUUCGUCGGCGACUCCGUCGCGCGCAACCACAUGCAGUCGCUCAUGUGCCUCCUCUCCACGGUGGAACACCCGCAGGAGAUCGAGCCCAAGGACUGCAUGCACUGCACGCGCAGCUACCACUACCGGGAGCACAACUUCACGGUGACCGUGUUCUGGACGCCGUUCCUGGUGCGGUGGAACCUGACCCGCGACGGCGCCCUGCAGUUCAUGGACCCGCACAACGUGUACCUCGACGAGCCCGACCCGGAGUGGGCGCGCCACGCCGCCGCCUACGACUACGUCGUCCUCAACGGCGCCAAGUGGUUCACCCGCCCCGUCGUGCUCCACGAGCGCGGCCGCGUGCUCGGCUGCAGCGACUGCGGCGGCGACCCCAGCAACGCCACCCGCGUGCCGCCGCACCGCGCCGUGGUCGUCCGGACGGUGGCGCCGCCGCACUACGAGAACGGCAAGUGGUACGACGGUGGGAACUGCCUCCGGACUCGGCCCGUGCGGAGCGGCGAGGCGGCGUCGGCGCUCCCGGAGACGGAGGCCGCGUUCCACGCCGCGCAGGUCGAGGAGUUCCGCGCCGCGGCGGCCGAGGCCGAGCCCGGGCGGUUCGUGCUGCUGGACGUCAGCGGCAUGAUGCAGAUGAGGGGGGACGGCCACCCGGGGCAGUACGGGCACUGGCCGCACGAGAAGGUUGGCUUCGGCAUCGACUGCGUGCACUGGUGCUUGCCAGGCCCCAUUGACGCUUGGAGCGAGCUGUUGCUUCAUCUGCUCACCAGUUAA